UUGCAGGAUAAAGGACAAGUUACUUUUGAAGAUAAAUGGCCUGCUAUGCGCCCUAUAGUUCUGAAGCUACUAAAGCAGGAAACAGUAACGCAAACAGAAUGGCAAGAUCUUUUCGGCUCUGUCCAUUCUGUCUGUUUGUGGGAUGAGAGAGGUCCAUACAAACUAAGAGAUGCGCUUCAGCAAGAUAUUAUGAUGUAUAUAAAACAGGCUCAGAACCGCGUACUAGCACAACGCGAAGAUCAAGCGCUCCUUAAAGCUUACAUAGCUGAAUGGGGCAAGUUCUUUACACAGUGCAACUAUUUACCGACGCCUUUCCGACAAUUGGAAAAUUCUAUCAACAAUGUAAGUAAGGUGUCUAGUUCCAACACUUCUAGCACUCAGAAAAAGAAUAACAAUAAUAACAUAGAAGAUAGUUUGGUGAGAAAGCUAAUGUUAGACUCAUGGAAUCAAAGCAUCUUUAUGGAUAUCAAACAGAGGCUACAAGACUCUGCAAUGAAGCUGGUUCAAGCUGAAAGAAAUGGUGAAUCUUUUGAUUCACAGCUGGUAAUUGGUGUAAGGGAGUCAUAUGUUAAUUUGUGUUCAAACUCAGUGGAUAAACUUCAAAUAUACAGAGAGAAUUUUGAAGCUGCAUACAUGCAAGCCACUGAAGAAUUUUAUAAACUAAAAGCCAGUGAACAAUUAUUAGCAAAUGGAGUUCAGUCUUACAUGAAAUAUGCUGAUCAACGCUUGAAAGAAGAGGAAGCUAGAGCUCAUAGGUACCUGGAGCCAGGCAGUGGUAGUGUUGCAGCACUCACACAAUGUUGUGAGAAAGUUUUGAUUGGAGAGCACCUGCCCACAUUGCUUGCCGAGAGUGCACCAUUGAUUAAAGCUGGUGAAACUGAGAAGUUGCAACUUAUGUUCCGUCUUCUUGAUAGAGUUCCUGAAGGAGUUACACCAAUAUUGAGAGAUCUUGAAGCACAUAUAGUUUCUGCCGGCUUGGCAGAUAUGGUAGCCUCUGCUGAUAUCAUCACUUCUGACUCAGAAAAGUAUGUGGAACGUUUAUUAGAUCUAUUCAAACGUUUCAGCUCAUUGGCUAAAGAUGCAUUUUUGGAUGACCCAAGGUUUUUGACAGCUAGAGAUAAGGCUUACAAAUGUGUUGUUAAUGACACUACAGUGUUUAAGUUGGAAUUACCUUCAUCAGCUUUAAUUCGCGGUAGUAAAGGCACUGCACCUGAGAGUAAAUGUCCUGAGCUUCUUGCUAACUAUUGCGACAUGUUGUUACGAAAGACUCCACUAAGUAAACGAUUAACAAGUGAGCAGAUAGAGUCAAGGUUACGAGAUGUAUUGUUAGUCUUAAAAUAUAUAGAAAAUAAGGAUGUCUUUAUGAGAUAUCACAAGGCACAUCUAACUAGAAGAUUAAUCUUAGAUUCAAGUGCAGAUUCUGAAAAAGAAGAAGAUAUGGUAGAGUGGCUUAGGGAGGUGGGUAUGCCUGCCGACUAUGUCAACAAACUGGCUCGUAUGUUCCAAGAUAUUAAGGUUAGUGAAGACCUUAACACUCAGUUUAGGACUGAUACUACACGGCAUGAUGCUAUCAACAUAAAGAUAUUAAAUGCUGGGGCUUGGGCCCGUGGCUCAGAACGAGUCACUGUCAGCCUUCCAUUAGAGUUAGAAGACUACAUCCCUGAAGUUGAAGAGUUUUAUAAGAAGAAGCAUUCAGGUCGCAAAUUGCAGUGGUAUCAUCAUAUGAGCAAUGGAACAAUAACAUUUGCCAAUUCUGUUGGUAGAUUUGAUUUGGAUGUUACAACAUUUCAAAUGGCGGUCUUAUUUGCAUGGAAUCAGAGACCGAUGGAAAAGAUUAGUUAUGAGAACUUGAGACUUGCAACAGAGCUACCUGAUCCUGAACUUAGGAGAACUCUAUGGUCCCUUGUAGCUUUUCCAAAACUGAAACGGCAGCUGUUGUGCCAUGAACCAGUGGUCCAGAACCCUAAAGAUUUUACUGAGAAUACUACAUUCUGGGUAAAUCAAGAGUUUGCUCUUGUUAAAAAUGGUAAACCUCAACGCAGGGGAAAAAUUAACUUGAUUGGUAGACUCCAAUUGAGCACUGAAAGAUCUCAAAUAGAGGAUAAUCAUUCCAUUGUUCAGCUUCGAAUAUUAAGGACACAAGAAGCCAUUAUAAAGAUAUUGAAGAUGAGGAAACGGAUCACAAAUACUGCUCUUCAGAGUGAACUGGUAGAGAUAUUGAAAAACAUGUUCCUGCCUUCUAAGAAGAUGAUAAAAGAGCAGUUGGAGUGGCUCAUCGAACAUAAAUACAUGCGGCGAGAUGAUGAAGAUAUCAACACUUUUAUAUAUAUGGCCUAA